ACAAUGUAUCUCGGUUAUCUUUACCAGGAUCUUUUUUUAAUUUUCUGUUAUUUAUUCUUAAAAUUCACACAGAUGGCUCAGGCUUUGGAAAUUAAUGAAGAUAAAAAGAGUGAAAAAUCAACGCGUUCAUUCAAAAAGGGUCACCGACGCGCGCAAUCAAUGCCGUCGCAUUACAUCGGAAAACAAUCACAGCGAUACACUCGAAACCAAGAAAACGAUAAAACGCAAGUGGUAAGCUUUUUAUUUUAAAG